CAUUACAAAAGUCAUACCAGAAUUAGAUAGAGGGGAUUCGUCAGCGUUAGUAGCAUUAAGAUUAGUUCUAUUACUGAACUUUACCAUAUAUCCUGAUGGUACUAAAAAUCAAGAUAUAAAUUAUCAUAUAUUACUAUUUCAAUUAUUACCUAGUGAAGUUGUGCAAUUUAUGCAAGAAGAUGUGAGAAGAUAUAUUAGCAUUUAUAAUUUCUUUAAUUUAGCUAGUAUUAUAAUGCCUUUAGCUACAUAUACUGUUGAACUGAUAAGAGAAUCUAGAGGCGAUAUAUCUCCAAAUCAAUUAAAACAGUUAACGAUUGCUAUUGCAUUUACUGUAUUGGUACUAUGGAUAGAACGUUGGAAUCAAUUAGAACAAUGGAAUUUUUGGCCAAUCAGUCUAUUUAGUUUUAUAACUAGUGUUUUGUUGGUUAUUGUUAUACAAAAUAUGCUAAUAGUAUUUAUAUCGGGCGUUUUUGAUAAGGUUAAAUCAGAUGGUAGAUUAGCUGUGUUGAAAUAUCAAGCCAAAUUAAUUGCUGAUUACGAAACAUUAGAAAAACCAUUUGAGGGAAGUAGCAGUGGAGAUGCUAAAGAAUGGGAUAUCACUGAAUUGGAUUCGAGUUCUAGUGAUCACAAAGGAUUAAUUUCUGGUAAAACUUCUAAUGGAUCAAUUGAUGAUAGGAAUAUUCAAGAUAAGAAAGUGUUCUUUAAAGAUAAUAUAAGAAGGUCAUCUUCUAUUGAUGAUGGUUUAUCUACGGUCGCAAGUCUGCAUGCAUAUGAAAUUUCAUCUAUUAAUGAAGAUGUGAAUAGUAUUCAUGAUGAAAUCUUAACAUUAAAAGAUUCUGUGAAAUCUGUUAAAGGUUCUAUUGACAAUAGGUCAAAUUCAUUGGAAGGUAAAUUAGUUGAAAUGAUAGAUUUAUUGAAUAAAUUAACUACUGCUAAUAAUUUAAAUAGUUCCGGUGAUAUAAGUUCAGGAACUGGAAAUAUAUG